AUGAAAUAUAGCAAGAAUUGGGACCCAGUUGUGACUAAAUUCAGGAACAAACUUAACAAUUGGAGAGCAAAAAAUCUUUCAUUCGGAGGACGUUUAACUUUGGUCAAAGUCGUGCUCAGCAGCUUACCGCUAUAUUUCUUCUCUAUGUUCAAGGCACCGAACAAGGGAUCGGUUAUAAAACAUAUUCACAAGGUUUCCUUCACAGCAUUGGAAGACAUCGCUCGCCCAACAAUACGAGAUCAAUGGACGACCAUUAAGUCAGUAGAUAAAGAAUUUGUGGCCUCUAAUCUUGAGCUGGGAGCGGCCCUUCGGGUUAUGGUGGGGGAUGGAUCUAACACAAAAUUCUGGAAACAUCCGUGGUUUGUCCUUAAACCUUUGAGGAACCUCUUCCCCAAUCUAUUUGAAAUAGAAAGGAAUAAAAACUGUAAUAUUGGACAAAAACUGGAGGCUGUCAAUGGCUUAGUCUCUUCCUUUAAAUGGGAAUGGACUUCUUCAAGGAAGGCAUACAAAUUAAUAAUUGAAAUCAAUGAUAUGGAAGAAAUGUUAGAACCUUAUAACUUCAGAGGUGGAGAAGACAAAUGGAGUUUGAUCUUCAAUAAAAAUGGUGACUUCUCUACAUCUUCAUGCAGAGAAUGGUUGUCGAAUGGUAGAAGUCCGGGCAAUUUUGUUAAAGUGAAAUGGUUAUCUUGGAUACCCCUUAAAGUUAGAUGCUUUUUAUGGAGGGUAGCACAAUACCGGAUACCAGUGGCCACCAAUCUUAUUUCGAGGGGAGUAUCACUUCAUUCAAGUAAUUGUAAGAUUUGUUGUGUCGAACCGGAAAAUGAGGAACAUCUCUUCGUUGGUUGUCCUCUGGCAGAAGCAUUAUGGUUGAUGAUAAGCAAUUGGUCAGGGGUGGAUGUUUCCUCCAUUACAUCAGUAACAAACUUAAUAAAAGAUGGGUGGACAAGAGCAGGGAACAAGCUGGAAAAGAAGAUAUACACUCUCAUCAUUUACGCAGCUUUUUGGAUCAUAUGGAAAUACCGGAACGAGGUGAUAUUCAGAUCUCUUAAGAAAAGAACGGCUGAUCUUUUUGAGGAAAUAAUGAUUUUAUCCUUUGAUUGGGUAAAACAUAGGGCUAAAAAAGUUGAUGUAAUUUGGGAUAAGUGGCGUGUCAACCCUUUUUUGGGGGUAAGUAGGUUAGAUGUGUCUGUAUGA